CUCUGGGUGCAGGAGGCUCAGUCCAUGGUCUGUCUGGGGGACAUGGGUGCAGACACUCUGGGUGCAGGAGGCUCAGUCCAUGGUCUGUCUGGGGGACAUGGGUGCAGACACUCUGGGUGCAGGAGGCUCAGUCCAUGGUCUGUCUGUGGGACAUGGGUGCAGGAGGCCCACUGCAGUCGGACUGAGUCGGGGCGACAAUCUUCAAAGUCAGGUGACCACGUACAUGCGUCACACCAGCGUGGCGUCACGAGACCUCGCAUACCGGCCACCAUGGUAACGGUCCUGUCGGCAGCCGCUUCCCUCCUGUACAGCGCCGACCUCACUGCCCCCCGGGCUCUGCCUGCGGUGUCGGCGGGGGCGCUGCGGCCGCCCUGCAGUGUACACUGACACAUCCACACGUUAUGCGGCCGUUAUCUUCACGCCCGCACUAGUGAUGUCCGGACCCUCCAGCUGCUCCCACCGCUCCUCCCACUUUUCCUUAGGGUCACGUGACCAGUGACGUCAACAGCCGACGUCUUUGGACGGAAUUGCCGACACUCGUGAGCCCGGGAGAAUGUGGAGCCGAGGGGCCACGUUUGACGAGGUGGCGGUGUAUUUCUCUGCGGAGGAGUGGGCGACCCUGGAGAAAUGGCAGAAGGAGCUGUACAAGGAGGUCGUGGUGGAGCAGUACCAGACGCUGCUCUCUGUCGGUCUGAUGAAGGUGAUACCGGAGAUUAUCCUGAGGAUCAUGAUGGGAGAAGAACCGGUUGUGAACCACAAGAGGGCGGCCUGCGAGACCCCCGCACCAGAGACGUCUUCAGCCAGACCCCAGGGUAACAUCAUCUCAAGACCCCAGGGUAACAUCAUCAUAAGACUGCAGAGUAACACCAUCUCAAGACCCCAGGGUAACAUCAUCUCAAGACCCCAGGGUAACAUCAUCUCAAGACCCCAGGGUAACAUCAUCAUAAGACUGCAGAGUAACACCAUCUCAAGACCUCAGGGUAUCACCAUCACAAGCCCGCAGAGUAACACGAUCACAAGCCCACAGAGUAACACGAUCACAAGCCCACAGAGUAACACGAUCACAAGCCCACAAAGUAACACGAUCACAAGACCGGGGGGUACCACCAUCACAAGACCGGGGGGUACCACCAUCACAAGACCGGAGGGUACCACCAUCACAAGACCGGAGGGUACCACCAUCACAAGACCGGAGGGUACCACCAUCACAAGACCGGAGGGUACCACCAUCACAAGACCGGAGGGUACCACCAUCACAAGACCGGAGGGUACCACCAUCACAAGACCGGAGGGUACCACCAUCACAAGACCGGAGGGUACCACCAUCACAAGACCCCAGGGUAACACCAUCACAAGACCCCAGGGUAACACCAUCAGGAUACUGGAAGACUCCUGGAAUAACACUAGUAAUACAAAAAUGAAUCUUCGACAUAAAAAACUCAAUAUUCCCACCGAGAUCUACCCCAUAUCUGCCAGACAGAAGGAGAAGACAACUCACAAGAAGGGUGAAAUCUAUAAGAACUUCCUGGAGAACCAUAGUGACCCAGAUGAAGGUUUGAUGCCCGCUAUAGAGAAGCAGACCCGAGUGAAAAAUCAUCACGUCUGUGUGGACUGUGGCAAGACCUUUACACUGCGUUCCUCCCUAAUAACACAUACUACCGCCAACUCCUGCAUCAGAAAACACUCUCGCUCAGACUGCGGAGCUUCAGUUAAUUACCAAUCCCAACUUCUCAUUCAUCAGAAAACACAUAUCGGCUCCAAAUUCCACAAAUGCUCUACCUGCGGAAAAUGUUUUGUGCGCAAAUCAUCUCUGGAGGUUCACAUUCGAUCCCACACUGGAGAAAAACCGUUCAUUUGUAGCUUGUGUAAUAAAAACUUUAACGAAGCUGGCAAUCUACGCAGGCAUGUCCGUAUUCACACUGGUGAGAGGCCUUUUCGAUGCGACUGCUGUGGCAAAUGCUUCAACGACGCGUCUGUUUUGAUUCGACAUGGCAAAUGGUAUUGUCCUUUAAAGAAAGGCAAGUCGAGAAAACUGGUCAGAGAGGAGCCCAGAAAUGGUGCUCUGGAUGCUGAAUCCCAGAGUAAACCAUCAAUCACAUGCGUGGAAGGUGGACAAGUUUGUAGUAGUCUUUUAACCCUGGAAGCCGAGGUAAUGGAAAGUGGACAGGGUGACCCCCAGGUUGUUGGUGACGCCAGAUUGUCCCUCACGGAAGAGUUAAACAGUGUAGGUGUUACAUACCAAGAGAUCAUGAAACCAUUAGAUACAAGGGAUGAGUGCGACCGCGAGGUACAUCCAACCGUAGAGCGUGGUGGUGGCAAGGAUUGGACCCCUGUGACUAAUAGCUAUGUUAAGGGAAUAGUAAAUGAUAUGUGUAAGUCUUACGUAAUACUGAUUGUACCACCUGCCUCAAGCAGUGAUAUUCAUACCCAAAAUACAAGAACCUUGAGUCAGGAGAACAUGGUCCAAGACAUGGACAACAGAGUCAACUCCAACAGCGAUAAUCACCAAAACAGCACCAAAUUUGGGUUAAAAAACAAAAGAGAUCAGAAUAUUGUGCUCACUUCUGCCUGCAGUUCUCAUGAGGGUCCUCCUGCCACAAACCCAAAUCUGGUGGUACAUAAAUCUAAUGCUGAUGAACAACUGUACCCAAUUAAUGUCAAGCAAGAGUGGGAGGAUGGCCUUUUGGAGAAUACCACGUGUGAAAUUCGACUUAGUGCACCACCAUCAGGAAUCAAGGGUGAGGUUGAUGAAUGGGAACUGACUCAACAGACAACUUGGUCUACUCAAGAUGUGCUCAAGACCAAGGAGGACAUUUCUAGAUUCACACAGAAUACCACCAAAGAGUCACCUAGAAUAAUCUGUGCUACAACUGAUCUGCGAUGGAGAAGCCAUCUCGCAGCACAGCCCGGCCAAAAAUCAGAGUCAUUGGGUAAUCAGAAAAAUGUAACUAAAAGGAGCAGGAAAACAGUGGCUGAUAUCAAACAGAGGACCUGUAGCAAGUGCGGGGAGAGUUUUACCUAUGACUGUCGCCGUCUCAUCCCCCACAGGUGCCAAGAAAAAUUAUUUCAUUGUGACUGUGGCGAAAGCUUUAAGCACGGCUUCCAGCUGGAAGGGCACCAGAAGACCCACAGCAGCCUUAAGACCUAUAAAUGCCAGAAGUGCAGAAAAGCUUUCAAGUGUGAAGCCAAUCUUAUCCAACACCUUCGGUCUCACACAGAACUUAGGCCUUACCCCUGCACAGAAUGUGGCAAGGCCUUCAAGGAAGCUGGAAAGCUGCGGAGGCAUCUCAGGAUCCACACAGGAGAGAAGCCUUUCUGUUGUGCCGAAUGCGGAAAAAGGUUCAACGACUCGUCAUCUCUGAAUAGACAUCGCAAGAUUCACACGGCAAAGGCCUACCAGUGCUCCCAGUGCAGGAGGCGUUUCAGAGAUGCACCUGGUCUGCAUAGACAUAUUAAGACACAUAGGAGCAGAUGAAUCCACUGGCAAUUGUUACGUCUGGCGUAGUGUAUGUUCUUUGCCAUGAAUAAUUCAUAAUUUCUUUUAUUUAUGUUUUUUGCACAUUUGUCACACUUAUAACUCGAGUAAACAUAAAAUGCUAAAUGCUAUGUACACCUUUUGAGGGCAUUUUUUUUUAUUAUUUCAUUGUACUCAUUUUGAGCUCAAAAUCAUUUUUUUAGUUAAUCUUUAUAACAUUUUUUAGCCCUUGUCUCUGUACAGGCAUGAGAUUCUCUAGGUGGAUCUGUAAUUAUUAUUUUUUUUGUUCCAUCAGGCAGCUCAGCUGACGGUUCCUUAUCUCUGAUCUCCUACACACCCAUUAUAGCUCAAUUCUUAUCUUAAUGAAUAAUAAGUGUUUAUGACCUCUCAGUCAUUUAGAGAUAAGGGUUAUUGGAUGACUUGCACAAAGUGAAAGAACAUUCACACAGCUAAACAAAUGGUUAAUCCUUUGGGAGAGAACGGCUUAAUCAUUUUACUAAAGGCCAAUUAAAAAAAAAAAAAUUUAGCCCAAAAUGAGUAAAAUGAAAUCAUGAAAAAGUGCCUCUGCAGGUGUACAUAGCUUUUGUCUUGCUUACUAUGUGAAGCAGCUAUAGAAGGUCUAAAAAAAAAUCAGCACAGGAUGUCACAUUCUAAAGAGAUUCGAUGGGCCAUUGAAUCUCUUUAGAAUGUGACAUCAUGUGCUGAUUAGCUGAGGGUCACAUGACUUGUGAUGUCACUUUCCCUGCUCUGAUAACAUUCCGUGCACAACCCUGAGGAAGCAGGAGGAGCAUGUCUGCUUCUGUUCACAGAACAUGCACUGCCCGAUCUGCUGGCCAUGCCCCCUGCACUGCCCGAUCUGCUGGCCAUGCCCCCUGCAAUGCCCGAUCCGUUGGCUGAUCUGUCUGCCCUGUGUCUCCCCUCCCACUGGAAUUAUCAGCAAAGUUUAACACCUUCUAACAUAAGCAGAACAGACUCCGUGCUGGAGCUCUGCCUCUGGUACUGAGCAGCUGCAGGGCUUCCUCUACAGUCCAGUGUUCCUCCAGUCUUCUGCCCAUUGCACAUUGAUGGUCUUAGGUUCCUUUGGUACUCUGAUGGACCAGUACGACCCUGGUUCAUACACUCAAAGUAACCUUAACCAGUUCACCAUCAAGACUGUUCCAGUCACAGAGUCAGAACAGAGUGUAUCAUCUAAUAAAAUAUUCCCAG